GGAUGCUGGGCAAGACGUUUCAACAAAUGGUUCAUCUGCUCUAUGGCUUGCGUCCUUACCUUCGUCAUCGCCCGAAUCUUCCGAGCUCUCUUUCACUGCGGCAUCAUGAUCAGCUGCAGUGGUCGCGACCGAGCUUGCGUGCCUUCCAGUCUCGUUGUCAUCUUCAAGACGCGUGCCGGCCUGCUCAUCUUCCUGGCACUCGUCGCCUGACGUCGCGGUCUGAUGACCAUCUGCCUUUGAGCGUACGAGCUGCUCUUUGGCGCCAGCAGCCUGCUUUCGAAGAAGAGAAGGGGCGGACGAACUCAUAUGCUCAAGGAACAUAUCGGUUGGUGUCAUACCGCCGAUAAUGCCACCGAGUCUCCUCCGCUUGCGAGUCGGGUGGGGUGGAGUGCGCACUAUUCCUUGCCUAUCCCCGACAGGAUCACCGAUGAGGUCUGUCCCAGAAAGUCGCUUCAGUCCUGACAUUCGUCUGGUGGCCAAUGCAGGAGAGGUGGCCCUGCGGCUGAGGGCGCGGCGAGAAUAGGUUCUCAGGAGAGGUUUCGUGGUGAAGGUUGAGGCUGCUUCAGGAACAAGUGUGUCUCCAGACAUGUUGGCAGUGGCUUGUGGUUCAAUAGUUUUGAGUUUCAAGACUGGCGACGAGUAUCUGGAAAUGAAGAUUGGAAUAUGGCGUGAAACACACCGCAAAAUCCUUGGGCGCGUUCUUCAGUCAGUUAUAAGUUGGUCGAAGGCUGCAGCUUUUUCGUGGGAAAAGUUUGAAUAACGGGAUCAAGAAAGUGAAUGGACC